AUGCCUGAUCGGCCAGGCUGGUCUUGCCCCUCGGCUUCUUCUUGUUUCGGUUUUGCUCAGAGAGAGAUGGGGAGCCCUAUUUCGAGUCUCCACGGAGGCCGAUGGCCAUGAAAGGCAGGGAGCAGGUCAGCACCUGCCAAUUGCACAGGAAAGGCUUGGCGCGGGAGGGGGCUGUCCGCCUGGAUGUGACUUCUGAAACUUGCUGGGAUCUUCCCAACCAACUUCCAGUCUUCACAUUCUGUUUUCAUGGCUCUUCUGGAAUCCACUGUGCUCUCCUUCAUACACUUCUAGUUAUUGCCUUUAUGACAAGUACCCGAUGCUGACCAUGCAUGAUCCUGAUUCGUCCUUCACAACUUUGUCUGUAACCUGGAGGAUUGAGUACCAAAGUCAAAAUCCAUUUAUACCUACUGCCUUCCAGAUGUUUGGGUUCACAACUUUUGGAAAUCCUUAUCAUUGGCCUUACUGGCUGGGGCUGCUGGGAUCUGAUCUUCAUUAGACAUGUGGAUUUUUGUAGAAGUUCAUUGCUAUGGACAGUGCUAUAACCUUGUGGCAGUUCCUUUUGCAACUUCUUCAGGAAUCUCGGAAUAAGGACAUUAUCUGCUGGACCUCAAAUGAUGGAGAAUUCAAACUUUUGCAAGCAGAAGAGGUGGCCCGCCUUUGGGGAAUCCGUAAAAACAAGCCCAAUAUGAACUAUGACAAACUUAGUCGUGCACUCAGAUAUUAUUAUGUAAAGAACAUCAUCAAAAAAGUUAAUGGUCAAAAGUUUGUUUACAAGUUUGUAUCUUACCCAGAGAUUUUGAAUAUGGAUCCGCUGGUUAUUGGCAAGGUUGAGGGUGAAGCUGAGGCACAAGCUGGCUUUGUUGAUACUAGCAACUCUACAAAGGACAUUGAAACUUAUGGGAAAGAGAAACAUCAGGCCAGUGUGAAAUCCUCCAGCCGCAAUGACUAUAUCCACUCGGGCCUAUAUUCUUCAUUUACUUUGAACUCUCUUAAUUCCUCCUCUUGUACAAAACUGUUUAAGCCAAUUAAGAUGGAGAAUUCAGCUGAGAAGCUGACAGAAAAGAGAACUACUCAGGAUUCAACACCUUCAGUCAUAAAAUUUGUAACCAUGUCCUCCAAAAAGCCUUCUGUAUCUCCCCUUGCCUCAGCCACUCAACUGACCUCUAGUAUCUCAGCUGCCUCUAUCGUACCUUCAGGUUCAAAUGAAAGUUUCCAGGCAUUGGAAUCUCCAGCAACAUCUAAAGGUGCAGCCACUGAAAGUUCAGCCUCUUUGCCAGUCUUGACCUCUAAUUUUAAUUCUACAUCUCCUGCAACCUCCACAUCUCCUAGUCUCCAGGUUCUACCCAAAUCUCCUUUACCACCUUUAAGUUCUAAUUCUGAUCUGGUUAUAGAUACAGAAACUGAGUCUGUAGUUUGCCAGCAGUUAGAGCACUUUCAGAAUCAAGCCUUGGAGGUUAAAGAGAUGAGUUCCUCCAUAUUUGAAAAGAAUCUUCGUCAUAGCAGAACUAGAAAGCCCAAAGGACUGGAGAUUACCCCCACUCUGUUUAUUACUGGCAGUGACCCCAGUCCACUAGGAAUACUGAGUCCUUCUCUACCAACUGCUUCUCUUACACCAGCACUUUUUUCACAGACACCUAUUUUACUGACACCAAGCCCCUUGCUCUCCAGUAUCCAUUUUUGGAGUACUCUCAGUCCAGUUGCUCCUCUCAGUCCAGCAAGAUUACAAGGUGCUAAUACCCUCUUCCAGUUUCCAUCAGUGCUGAAUACUCAUGGACCAUUUACUCUGUCGGGAAUGGAUGGGCCUUCCACUCCUGGCCCUUUCUCGCCAGAUUUACAGAAGACUUAACAUGUGGCCUUUUGAAAAUGGACAACUUGGACUAAAAAGAGGAAGAGAUUUUAUUAAAAAUGCUGCAAUCCAGGUUUUAAGAGACAGUUUUUAAUUCCAUAGAGACAAUUUAAAGUGACUUGGUUUUUGUUAUCCUCAGUUCAGAUGCCUUUGCAAAAUUCUCUUUAAGACAUAUGAGAAUUCAUAAGGAAGUGCCUUGAUUGUGGAAAUUCUUCUCUAGAGUUUCUCUCUUCCCCGUUCCUUACUGCUUCUGUUGAAUGAAGAAGGCUUCUUUUAACAAAGAACACACUUCUGUAUUAUAAUGAGGUAUUGGACAGAACAGCCAACUGAUAUCAGAUGGUUUUUGACUGAUAUCCAUCCAUUCCUUUGCUUUUUGCUUUUUUAUGUUAAAAAAUUAUUUCAUGGAAGCUGGCAUUCCAAGAAAUACUUGGAAAGUGAAUAAAAAGAGUUAUUUUUUACAGUGAAUUCCAAUGAUCUUAAAAAGUUUUAGCAUUGCAACGUACAAUAGUGUAGAAGAGAGUUGAGAAAUUUUUUAAUAAUGGGUUGCUAUGGGUAAAAAAGCUUUUUUUCUUUGGCACAAAAAAUGUCAUUUCAUCCCUCACAUAAUAGUAUGGUAUUUUUGUAUGCUUAAAUGGCACAGUUAUGCAUAGAUCAUGGAUUGUAUUGCUUUGAUCUUUCCAAAAUAUUUAAAGGUGUUAAUAUUUGAUAAGCCAAGUCAAGAAAAAUAAAAGCAAAUCCCUUGUUAUUUAAUAAACAAUUUUGUAGGUUGAGCUAACUCAAGAAACUUGCAGUGGAUAUGAAGUAGCACUGAAUUAAUAAGCAUUUAUUUGACAUCCAAUGGGUUAUUGUCUUGCUUCUUGUUAAUGUUGUACGUAAGUGUGACAUUUGGGAAGUGAAUAUUUAUUGUUUAUUCUUUUUCCCUCUCAAAGAGGGAAAGAGACAUACCUUCUCUUGGCCAUCUGCAUAUUUAUGAUAGGUGUCCUUUUAAAUAUAAGUGGAUUGGAGUUUUGAAUGUUCAAGCCUUUAAAAUUAAAAAUGUGCCAUUAUUAGAAAGUAUUCUGUCUAGUUAAAUGUUUUGAGACCGGAGGGAGAAAGCACAAAGUGGCACAUGCUGUUUGUAAACUGAAGGGAGUAAAAUGUGUUUUUAGCUUGUACUUAAUCUUGUGGGAAGAUAUUCAUUGGAUAACAACUUCAGCAUGAUGGUAGUUGAAACUUCUUUGCAAACAUAUGGCAACAUAAUAAUGACUUGCUAAAGUAGGAGACUUGUUUAGGGACUAGAAAUUGAAAGUAAAAAUAAUAGAUCUAACACAAGCAAUAGUAGUUGAAUUGCAAGAAGAUUCAUUCUUUCUGCAUAAUAUUUAUAUUCAGGCCCUGUUAUAUUUCAGAAAACACUUUAAUUCUUGUUACUUCAAUAGCCUAAUUGUGUCUGAAAGAAAGUUGAAGUAGAUAUCAGCAAAGUGUUAUAAUCGUUUUUUCUGUGUUGAGGUGGGCUUGGUUUGAAAAGAACGAACAACCUGUGAGUUUUUAUUCAUAUACUUACUCUGAACAGGCUUUAUAUGUUGGUUGGUAUGCAAGAAUGCCUCAAGGUAACAUAUCAGACUAAAGUAGGAGACAUUUGCUGAUUUAUCUGCAUUAAACUGUAGUUGGCUCCCUUGAUCAGGCAGGGAUUCAAAAGGCCCAAUCCUGUCUCUUGUUGUACCUAAUUGAAUAUACGUAGAUCUAUUUCAGUAUAGAGAUGUAAAACAUUGAUGGCAAGUAACAAAAGAGAGCCAGUUUGGUUUAGUGGUUAGAAAUCUAAUGAAAGCCAACUGAUGACCUUGGGCCACACACUUUCUCUCAGUCCAACUUACUUCAAGGUUUGUUGCUGUGGGGAAAAUAGGAGGAGGAAGGUAUGUUGGAUAUGUUCUUUGCAAAAAUUAUAAAGGUGGGAUUUGUUGUUGUUCAAUUGCUAAGUUGUGUCUGACUCCUUGUGAUCCCAUGGACCACAGAAUCCAGGCCCCCUGUCCUCCACUAUCUCCUCCCAAAACCACACUCAUUGUAUUGAUGGCACUAUCUAACUAUCUCAUCCUCUGCUGAUCCCUUCUCCUGUUGCCUUCAAUAUUUCCCAACAUCAGGGUCUUUUCCAAUGAGUCCUCACUUCUUAUUUGGUGGCCAAAAUAUUUGAGCUUCAGCUUCAAAAGGCGGGAUACACAUAAAUAAAUAAAAAUAAAUAAAAACAAACUGACACAGCAGGCACGUCCAGGUCAGAGCAGCACUUUUUAAGGGCAUAUGUAUUAAAAUGAAAUUUUGCUAUAUCUUUAUGAUGGAGAGUAAUGGUGGUUAAAAUAUACAUAAUAAAAUUUCUGCUCAUCUCCUUUGCCAGUCAGACAACAGAAAGGACUGGCAGAUUCCAAUUAAAUGUUUA